AUGAAGGUCUCUGUGAGUGUUACGCUGUGGCUGCUGCUCGGCUCCGUCUCCGCUCAAGGAAGUACCGAUACAGGUGAAGCAGAACUGAAGGCUGAAGUAGACAAGCUGAAGGCUGAAGUGGACACGCUGAAGCAACAACAGCAAGUCCAACAGGUUGCAUUCUCAGCCUCUCUGCUGCCUGGAGGCCAAACAGCAACUACUGGACCCUUUAACUCGCCCGCUACCCUGAUCUACAAACAUGUCCCCACCAACAUCGGAAAUGCCUACAACUCAAACACAGGUGUGUUCACUGCCCCGGUGAGAGGAGCGUACCACUUUGAGUGGACGAUCUAUGCAUAUGGAGACGGCAAGACAGGUGCUUGGUUGGUCAAGAACUCUGAGCAGGUUUUCAUUGCAUACGAGUAUCAGACGGCCGGUACUAUGAGUGCUUCUAAUGGCGCUACGCUGCUGCUGGAGGUGGGAGACGUCGUGUUUGUGCGUCUGGCGGCUACCACUACGGUGUAUGACAAUGGAGAUCACCCUACCACCUUCAGUGGCCAUCUGCUGUUCCCCAUGUAGGACAGAAACGCAGGUCUGUGAUAGUCACACAGGUUGUUGUUGUCUUA